AUGGACCAGCGCCGCGCCAGGCUCCAUCAGCUGGCCGCCGAAUGUGGAGUGCACCCCCUGCCGCCGCCCGUGGCUCCGCCGACCCCGGCCCCCGAAUGCCGGUCGUCCACCGACGACUUCCAUGCCGAAGAAUUGUUGAAGAGGCGGCGCAUGUCCGCAGCUCCAGACAGGAACUCUCAGGGCAGCCUGAAGCGAGCUUUCAGUUCCCACAAGAAAGCAUGGGAACCAAAGGAGAUCUUCGACGCGCUCGUGGCGCACGUCGCCAACGCCGGGGCGCCGGGCGUCGCCGAUGCCCUCAUUGCCAAGCUGCCGGCUGUCGGCGGGAAGCUGAACGUCACCAACAUCAAGAGCAAGACCAGCUUGCUCACGAGACGAAAGAGCAUUGAAUCCAUGGAGCGCAGCCACAUUUUCCAAAAGGCCAUCGAAAACCGCCAACACGACAUGGUUGCCGUGCUAGCCCAGCAUGCCGACCGUUUUACACUCGACCAAGCAUUACCUUUCGCCAUGCGGUCCUUUGACCUGACCAUGGUGCAUCUGUUGCUCAGUCGGGGCGCUAGUGCCUCUCAAACACAGGAUGGGCAAGAUGCUUUCCGCCAAUUGUGCAUCAUGGGCGGUCACUCGGAAAUGGUCGAGCUCAUCCUCCAGUCGGAAGGGAGGCCGUCGCCAGACUUGCUCUCCAUGGCAAUGGUUGAUGCCGCUCGAAAGGGAUGCCUUCACACUGUUCUGAGACUCAGCCGCUCCUCCGCCGACGGAGAGUACAACAAGGCCGAAGCGCUCAAGGCUGCCAUCGUCCAGUGCAGAGUGGAUAUUGCACUUGCCAUCCUUACCGCCACGAAGCCCCCCGCCGUGGGAGGUCAAGGUGUUUUGGAGAGCUUUGGGCAGCUCACCAGACAUCCCACCAUGGGUCCCAACGAGAAAAUAGUUCUCGCCGAGGCAUUGCUCUGCGCCGGUGCAUCGGGGGAUCCCGUCUCAGUCGCCCUCUCCCAGGCGUGUGCCACUGAGUUCUAUGACAUGGUCAGGCUCCUCAUUUCGUAUGGAGCAUCGAUCGAGUUCCAGGACGCUGCCAUCGUUCGGCGUGCCGCCUCCGCAGGGCACAGCAAGCUCGUCCAGUUGUUGCUAUGCGAGCCGUCGACGCUCAGACCGAUAUACGCUUCAGAUUGUGUUGCGAGCAUUCCGAAGGCGAUUGCCUCAGAAGACCGUUAUGCUAUGCUCAACAUGUUGCUGAAGAAAGGCGCAGGAGGAACGCCGCUGCACAACGCUUUGAUUGAUGCUGUUCAGGCCGGCGACCUCAAAUCCGUCUCACUCCUCCUGAGGCCUCAAUUUCCAGACGUCCUGCCAAUCACCAGCCAGAGCCGACGUAGCAGCUCUCCGGGACUUAUCCUGGUUAGACAUGAGAUGGCCUCUGUUGACCAUAGGAACGGCCUGGCACUCACUUCCGCGGUCAAAAUGGGCUACCUCGACAUGGUGAAGCAGCUGCUGGCUGCUAAACCAUCCACAGAGACCCUCGAUAAGGCAUUCACCCUGACUCUGGGUCUCCAGGUGCCCGCCCGUUACCACAUGGUCGAGCGCUUCCUCUCCGCGGGCGUGUCUCGGUCUAGCAUCUCUGCCGCGUUGCAGCAUGCCAUCGACGAGCAGCCUCCUGAUAGGGACGAAAAUUUGAUUAGGCUUUUGCUGCGACACAAUGCCGACGUCAACUUCAACGACGGUGCUGGUGUUGUUUCCGCCGUCACGAUCCGUGAUCUACCGCUGCUCGAGACUCUGCUACGGAGCAAACCACCAUCUCAUACCAUGGCUGCUGCAAUGGCUAGAGCCAUGCUGGUCGUUGAUAAGCCAGUGCGGUAUGAAAUGGUCAGGCUGCUCAUCAGUGCUGGGGCAGGACGGCAGGGCACCGAGGUGUCGGAGGCACUUACACAGGUGUUGCCCGUCAAGCCGACAGACACCCAACUCGCCGCACUCUUGCUGGAACAAGGACGGGCUGAUGCCAACUUCGAGCAAGGGCUUCCGGUUACGAUUGCCAUCGACGACCCCAAUCCAGCAUUGCUAGAACUCGUCCUCCAACACGGCCGACCCAACCACGACACCCUCUCCCGCGCCAUCGACGCCCUCUGCUCAACCCACACAACCCCAUCAAAAGCUUCCAAAGUCGACGCAAUCCUCCAUCGGAACCCCUCCAAAGAGACGCUCAACGCAAUCCUCUUCAAGGAGGUGCAAACGCUCCUCCAGCUCCCUUCGCCACAGCGCAACCUCGACGUCCUCCGCUCGCUGCUCUCCGCCGGUGCAGAUAUCAACACCCACAAGGCCGCCGCGCUAUGCUGCGCUGUCAGAGCUGCCGACGCUCCCAUCGUCGACCUUCUCUUCGGCGGCGCCGUAACAGCCCCGUCCCCUGCCUCGCUAGCCGCUGCCCUGCCCCAGUCCCUCAACAUCCUGGACCCUAUGGACCGCCUGGCAUUCACGCAGCGGCUCAUUGCCGCCGGAGCGCCGGCGCGGGAAGCGAAUCGCGCACUAGCCUACGCCCUCGCUACCCACCCCGGCGAUCUGCCGCUGAUUGGGCUGCUGGCGGGGCACGCGGACCUGGGGGAUGGGGAGGCGCUGAUGGUGGCGGUUAAGAAUGGGAACGUGGACGCUGUGGAGAUGGUGCUGGAGAAGGGCGGCGCGAAGCACACUGCUGCUGUACUGAGGCAGGCGUUUCAAGAGGGGAUGACGGUCGCGAGCAAGGAGAAGAGGGUUGGGAUUUGCAAGGCGCUGUUGAAGAGAGGCCUUCAGGGGGUGUUUGUCUCGGACGCGUUGCUUGCUGCCGCUAGGGAUGGGGAUGUGGAGCUGGGUGGGGCGUUGAUCGAUUAUGGCGCCAGUAUCGAGCAUCAAAAUGGGCAGGCUGUUAUUGAGGCUUGCGGAGCGGGCUCGCCCGCGGUGCUGAAGAUGCUGCUUGGCGGUAAGGGAAAGAUUACAAAGGCGACGCUUGUCAAGGGGUUCCAGGCGGCUACCCAGGUUGGGGACUUGACAAGGCGAGCCGAGGUGUUCCGGCUGCUGCUCGAAAAAGGGGCCACGGGCGAGGCUAUCGAUGCACAGCUUGUGUUUGCGGCGAAGUUUGGCCAGGACGGCGAGCAGCUGGUGCGCUUGCUGCUGGAGUUUGGCGCCAAUGCUGACUACAACGCGGGCGAAGCCAUUUGGAAUGCGACUAGGGGGGCAAUGAUGGGCAGCCUCAAGUUAUUGCUUGGGGUUGAGAGCGUGGGACCUCGGCAGAAAAAGCCGUCCAUGACAACCUUGCUUCGGGCACUUAAGGCGAGCCGGAAGCUGAGCAGGGACCCAAGGUACCAAGUCAUCGACUGGCUGUUUCAAGCGGGGCUGCCCCCGUGCGAGGAGAUCAACAUUGCCUUGAACAGGGCGGUCAAGGACGAACCCGACGCUCGACUUGUCCAGCUACUUCUCGGGCACGGGGCUUCGCCACUCGUCAACGGCUGCGAGACCCUGACUGAUGCCGCGCAGUUACUCUUGGUGGACAUCCUCCCGAUUCUACUCCAGGUCGAUAUCACUCCGAAGGAUGUGUCAUGGGCAUUCCAGCAGGCGUUCACUCCGGACACUGCUGCAACAUGGCUAUCGGAGAAAGGGUUCGAAGUAGCCAAGAUGUUGCUCAGAAAGGGCGCCGAAGGGCAGAGCCUUGCUUUGGCUUUGAGCACGGUCAUAGACGCCUACGAAUCAGAUAAUGGCAGCGUAGCCCGCAGGUUUGCUGCUGUCCUUCUUCAGUCCAACGUCGACGUUAACUACGGGGACGGGCUGGUCCUCCAGAAGGCGGCCCAAAAGGCGGAUUCGGAACUCAUUCAACAGGUGCUCCAGCGGCAACCGAACUCCCACUCUGUGUCGGUGGCUUUUCCAUUUAUAUUCAACGCUAACCUACCGGAGGGUGAACUACUCCAACUCCUUGAACUUUUUCUAGAUUACCACCAUGAAGGGGAAAGGCUCGAUGUCAUGUUCGUCCACCCCGAGUCUGACCCGGUACUGGUUCGGGCGAUCGACAAGUUUCCUCGUUCCACCAAGAUCCUGCAGACGUUGCUCGAUGCUGGCUACUAUCACGACCAAACCACAACGGCCCGAGUCAUGGAAGACGUCGAAGAGGAACAAGUCAACCUGCUGUUGUGGGCGCUGCUCCAGCCUCAGAAGCGAGUUAGUAGCGCAGUGAUUGAACUCCUCACCGACCGUGGUGCCAAGGUCAACUUCGAAACAAGUCUCUCCAAGACGACUCCACUCAUGCUGGCAAUCCAGAACAAGCGGCAUGACUUGGUGAAGACGCUUAUUCUGGCCGGGGCCGAAGUCGACGUGACGGAUGCCACCGGUAACACGCCAAUGACUCUGGCCACUCAUAUUGGGGGAGACCUGAGCACCUCCAUCAUGUCGAGCAUUCUCGCUGCCAACCCCUCGAUCAACGAUGGCUCCUUGCACAACGCCGCCAGGGACCUCAACUUGAAAGCAAUGCAGGUGCUGGUCGAGUACGGUCACGAUGUCGACUUUCCCAGCACCCUCCACGGAGGACGGAGCGCCCUCGGCGAGCUUUGCCUGAAUGCCGCUCAUGCUGGGCCCUUAACUGCCGCUCAGGAAAAGCAGAUGGAGAGAGCAAUGGCCUUUCUCAUCAACAGAGACACGGAUAUCACUGUUCAAUCUGACGGCAAAUCCGUCCUCCUCCUGGCGCUGAACUCAAUCGACCCGAUCCCGACCACCCGCGCCCUCCUCAAAGUCGGCCUCUGGAAACACGUCAACAAACCCUCUAACCACUACACCGACGGCAUCCACACUUACUCUGCCACCCAAUACGUCGCCCGCGUCCUCUCUUGCUCAGACGACCUUCGCCCUCAGCUUCUUGCUCUUCUCAAAGCCAACCGCGCCGUAGACGUCUACUACGCCAACGACGGCCCGCAGCCCGAAGGCGCCGUCAACCUCCCGCCAGAGCUCCUCCGCGCCGAGCGCGAGCGCCGCGCACGGGAAGAGCGCAUCGCCAAGGAAAACGAGGAGCACACCAUCGCGCUGGCGCGGACCCAGGAGAUUGCACAGAUCCACAACCAGAUCUUCCUCCGGCGGGCCGAGCUCGAGGACUCGCGCGCCCGCAGGAGGAAGAUGGACGAGCUCGACAUGCUGCGGGAUCGGCAGGCGGCCGAGGAGGCGGCGUUCACGGCGGAGUUGAAGCGCCGCAAAGCUGAGCGUGAGGCAGCUAUUGCGCAUGAGCAGCGGCUUAUGGAGUCGGGGCUGACGCGAGCAAGGCUGGUGGCCGAGGCGGAGUUGGAGCUCGAGGGGAAGAAGCAGGAGAUGAUGAUCCGGUGGGAGGGGAAUAUGGCGCGGCAGAGGGAGAAUGAUGCCAAGGCGUUGAGUAAUGUCAGGAUUAAAGAGAGGGAGGCAAUUGAGAAGCUUGAUGCGGCUGCUGAUGCGAGGACGGUCAAGAGGAUUGCUGAACAGAAGAAGUUGGUUGAUGGGCAGGCUGCGCUGGCGGCAAGGUUGACGAAUGCAGGGGUUGGGGAAAGGAGGCAGAUUGGCACGGGAAUCACCAUGGUCAAGUCCCCUCUCACUGCGGCCGUUUCGGCCCUCGGCCUCGCGGCGGCAGUCAACGCUCACGGCCACGUCAGCCAGGUCAUUGCCGACGGGGUCACGUACACUGGGGGCAUCCCUCACGGCGCUCCCGCCAACGCUGUCGGCUGGCUGGCCGCCAAUCAGGACAACGGCUUCGUCGAGCCCAACCGCUUCAGCAGCGCCGACAUCAUCUGCCACAAGAGCGCCCGUCCCGCUCAAAACGCCGUCAAGGUCCGCGCCGGCAGCACCGUCACGCUGAAGUGGAACACCUGGCCCGACUCGCACAAGGGGCCCGUCAUCGACUACAUUGCCUCGUGCAACGGCAACUGCGCCAACGUCAACCCGUCCUCGCUGUCGUUCGCCAAGAUCGCCCAGCGCGGCCUGAACUCGGGCAGCAACCCGGGCAACUGGGCCUCGGACGACCUGAUCCGCAACGGCAACUCGUGGACUGUCACCAUCCCCAGCAACCUCGCCCCCGGCCAAUAUGUCCUGCGCCACGAGAUCAUCGCCCUCCACUCGGCCGGCAACGCCAACGGCGCCCAGGCCUACCCGCAGUGCAUUAACAUCGAGGUCACCGGCGGCGGCUCCGCCCGCCCCAGCGGCACCCCCGGCACCUCCCUCUACCGCGCCAACGACCCCGGCAUUCUCUUCAACAUCUACCGCCAGUUCACCAGCUACCCCAUCCCAGGCCCUGCCGUGUGGCGCGGUUAG